AUGAAUCUUGCAAACAACCUGUUUUCAGGAUCUAUUCCCAUAAAUAUUGGUCAUGUGAUGACAAAACUCCAAGUUUUAGAUCUUUCUGGAAAUGCUUUUACAGGAUCUAUACCAUAUUCAAUAACAAAGGUAAAGAAACUUUUGAGAUUGGACAUUUCAGACAAUCAUUUGUCCGGAAAGCUCCCUGAUUGGUGGUAUGAAUUGCAACAACUUCAUGUCAUAGAUUUUUCGGGGAAUAAUCUUUCAGGUGGUAUUCCUCCUUCAGUGUGUUCACCACCCUCACUUUUUUGGUUAAGAUUGAGUCGCAACAACCUUUUUGGAGAACUUCCAAAAUCAUUGAGGAAUUGCAAAAGCUUGCUUACACUUGAUAUUGGAGAGAACAAAAUCAAUGGCACCAUACCCGUGUGGUUCGGAGAAAGUCUCUUAUCUCUGCAAAAGCUUAGAAUGACGGGUAGCAUGAUUGAUGGACGUAUUCCACCACAACUAUGCCAACUUUCUAGCCUCCAAAUUCUUGAUCUUUCACAUAACCAUUUGAAAGGUUCUAUUCCUUCCUGCCUGGGAAGUUUGAGAGCUUUUAAGUCCGUAAAAUUUUACAAGUGGCUUCCUAAUUACUACCAUUUCAGCUAUGUCCCCAAGAUGGAGUUGGUUAAGAAAGGAACAAUAAGGACAUACACCUUCACCUUAGAUCAAGUGAAUCUUAUUGAUCUUUCCUGCAACAGUCUUCACGGAGAAAUCCCGACUGAGAUUAUUAAUCUCUCAGCCUUAGGCACUCUGAAUCUAUCUUGGAACCAAUUAUCAGGAAGAAUUCCAAAGGACAUAGGGAGCAUGCAGCUAUUGGAGACACUAGACCUUUCCUCUAACCAUCUCUCAGGUUCUAUCCCAUUGAGCAUGUCAUCCAUCACUUCAUUGAGCCAUCUUAACUUGUCACAUAACAACCUUAGUGGCCCUAUCCCAUCAACAAACCAAUUCGGAACCUUUACUGAUCCUUCAUGUUUCGAAGGCAAUCCGGAACUUUGUGGGAAACCACUGCUAACGGAUUGCUCUCUAGCCAGAGAAAAGGAAACGGAAAGGAAAAUUGAAGAUGAUGACGAUGAUGAUGAGCAGGAGAUAAGGCAAUGUUUUUUUGUGGGCGCGGGAGUUGGAUUUGUUGUCAUGUUUGUGGCGACAUUUAGCAGCUUGAUGAUAAACAAGUCGUGGAGAUACUGCUGCUUCCAUUUCAUGGAGGAAGUUGGAGAAAGAGUUAUCAGUUGCUGUUUGGGUUUCAUCGCUUGCUUGAAUAGGAUUUUUACAGUGACAAGGAAUUUAUUUCUAUAG